UAGUGGGGAGACGUUGUGAGAUGUCCACUGAACCCAAAGUAUGUGAACUGUGCAGGUAAUUUAUGAUGGUUUCAGCUAGACACUGGGGUUAGUCAUGCUCUCGCUGCACAGAAGUGAGAGGAGGUAUUGACGUGAAUGAAGCGGAGCCUGACGCCGAUCGCCUCCUGAUUCGCUGCUGCAGGAGCUGGAAAAAAAAAAGAGAUCUGGAGACUUGAAAGAGAUCACCAGGAACAAUCGGGGGGAAAGAAGAGUUGCACGGAUUUCACUUGUCAAACUUUUUCUGUGACAUUUCUUCUGCUCGCUGAAGUGGGAGGACGCUUACAAUUUGUAAUGCUGAAAUAUGAGAGAACGGAACCGGGGCGGGUGAAGGCACAUGGGAGAGGACUGUCCAUGUACUCUGGGCUCUAAGAGGAGAAAAAAAACACACGAUUUGCUUGGAACUGGAUUUGCCGAAGUGGGAUGAUUACAAAAAGUUGAUCCUAGGCUCCGGACGAAGCUCUGUACACCCACCACGCUAACCAACCUCAAUGGAUAGAUAGACUUAGUGAGCUGCAGACUGUUAAAGUUUCAUUUAACUUUUCCAGCUGAGUUGGAAGAUCCACAACCUCAUCCAGAGGGGAGAGCCGAUAUCCAGCAUUAUCUCGGCUACUGAGGCCAAAAUGUUGCGGUUGUCUUUGACAGCUUUGAGUCUUUCAUGGACUUUGUUCAUCUGCAACGUGAGCAGAACUUAUGCACAAGAAAGACAGGGUUAUCUGGUCGCUGCCCCCUCUGUGUUCCGAGCAGGCGUGGAGGAGAGUGUGAGCGUAACCAUCUUCAAUGCAAAAGCAGAAACACGCGUCCAGGUGCAGCUGGCGGUGAAGGGGCAGGCGGUCGCCCACAGCCAUGGCUCAGUGCUUGAUAAAGGCACCAUCAAACUAAAGGUUCCCUCUGGUUUAAGAGGCCAGGCUCACCUGAAGGUGUGGGGCAACCGUCACCUCACAGAGGGAGGCUACAUCUUCCACAACUACACCACAGUUACAGUAGAGAGCAAGGGCACUGCUGUCUUCAUCCAGACUGACAAACCUGUCUACAAACCCAAACAUAAAGUGCUCAUCAAUGUCUACACAGUCACCCCCAACCUGAGGCCAGUGAAUGACAAGAUCGAGGCGUAUGUUUUGGAUCCAAGAGGAUCCAGGAUGGUCCAGUGGAAAGGUCUAAAAUCUAUCUGCUGUGGCGUUGUGAACAUGAGCUUCCCUCUGUCGGACCAGCCUGUGCUUGGAGAGUGGUUUAUCUUUGUGGAGGUGCAGGGACACACCUAUAACAAGUCGUUUGAAGUGCAGAAAUAUGUGAUGCCAAAGUUUGAGUUGGUGAUUGAUCCACCACAGUACAUAAGUGAUCUGAACUCAUGUCAGCAGGCUUCUGUCAGGGCCAGGUAUACCUUCGGGAAACCAGUCACAGGGAAGUUGACAGUGAAUAUGACGGUGAAUGGAGUGGGCUACUACCGCCAUGAGAUGGGCCAUCCUGUCAUGAAAACCAUGGAGAUCAAAGGCUCUGCUAACUUCAGCCUGUGUGUCAAAGACAUGAUGCCUUUGGAUGUAGCUGAUCACUUCAGGGGCACUGUGAGCAUUUGGGCGUCAGUGACCAGCGUAGAUGGGAGCAGGCAAACCACAUUUGAUGAUUCAACACCCGUCCAUAAACAGCUCAUCGACAUCAAGUACUCAAAGGACACACGCAAACAGUUCAAGCCUGGUCUGCCUUACAAAGGGAAGAUUGAAGUUACCUACCCUGAUGGCAGCCCUGCUGACGGAGUGAAGGUGCGAGUCAAGGCAGAGCUGACCCCUAAGGACAAUGUCUACACCAGCGAACUGAUCUCCAAAGACGGCCAGGCCAUCUUUGAAAUCCCCUCCAUCCCUACUGCUGCCCAGUAUGUCUGGUUAGAGACCAAAGUGACAUCCAUUGACGGAAAGACAGUAGGAGACCAGUACCUGCCCAGCUACCUGUCCAUCAGUAGCUGGUACUCCCCCAGCAGGUGUCACAUCCAGAUUCAGAGCCCUACCGCUCCACUUAAGGUUGGCCAAGAAGCAGAAGUUGCUCUAAAAUCCACCUGUCCCUGUAACUUCACCCUCCACUAUGAGGUGACAUCCAGAGGGAACAUCAUCCUGUCAGGCCAACAGUCAGCCAACAUGACGGCCUCACACAGAGGAAAAAGGGCGACAGUCAUCUUUGACAAGAAUGUUCAUGCCACCCAGCUUCCUCCCUCUGCUUCUGGUGUUGCAGGCUCCUCCUCUCAGGCUGAGAUGGACAGCUGUGUGUCUUACCUACAUUUCCCAGUGAGCCACAGCAUGGCACCCCUAAGCCGUCUCUUGGUCUACUACGUGAGGGAAAAUGGUGAAGGUGUCACGGACAGUCUGCAAGUCCCCAUCCAACCUGCCUUUGAGAACCAGGUGUCUGUUACUCAGUCAUCCAACGAGUCCAUGCCAGGGGACCCCAUCACUCUGCAUGUCCGGGGAGAAAAAGGCUCCUGUGUGUGUGUGGCUACUGUGGAUAAGAGCCUUUAUCUGUUAAAACCUGACUUCCAGAUCAGUCCAGACAAGGUCUUUAAAGAGCUGGCAGAAUUUGAUGUUUCGGAUGCCUUCGGCAUUCCUAAAGACGACGGACACUUCUGGUGGCCCGGGCUGUCAUCAAAAAGACGCAGGCGCUCCUCUGUGUUCCCCUGGCACUGGGAUAUCACAAAGGAUGCACGCUUCGCUUUCACUGAAACAGGGCUGGUUGUGAUGACAGAUAUGGUGAGUUUAAACCACCGACAGAGUGGAGGCAUGUACACAGAUGAGGCCGUUCCUGCUUUCCAGCCGCACAGCUCCACCUUAGUGGCUGCCAUGCACUCUCGCCCCACGGCCAGAGCAGAGAAGCGUAGGCGUACAUUUUUCCCAGAGACCUGGGUGUGGCACUGCCUCAAUGUCAGCUCUGACACCGGGGAAGCUGAGCUUCGACUGGAUGUGCCCGAUUCGAUUACCACCUGGGUCACAGAAGCUAUUGGCCUGUCUGAGGAAAAUGGUCUGGGUAUAGCAAAGAGAGCAGAGCUUCGUACCUUUAAGCCCUUCUUUGUUGACUUCACUUUACCCUAUAGUUUAAUCAGAGGAGAGCAGACCAAAGUCCCACUCACUGUCUACAACUACCUGCCAACCUGUGCUGAGGUUCAUGUUAAAGUCUCAGUUCCGAAAGGUAUUAAAUUUGUUGGCCACCCUGGGAAGCACCAUCUUACCAGAAAGAAAUGUGUUGCUCCUGGAGAAGCUACACCAACAUCCAUUGUGCUGUCUUUCACCGAACUGGGCUUCGCAAACAUCACAGCACGUGCCAUUGCCUACAGUGAACCAAGCUGCUGUUCAGAUGGACUUCAGACCGGCAAAACAGGCAAUGAUGUUGAUGAAAGAAGAACCCCAAUUGGCCUGGACUAUGUCCGCAGGACCGUCCAAGUGGAACCAGAAGGUCUGCCCAGAGAGUACACUUACAGUGUCUUCUUCUGUCCCAAUGAGAGGAUCCACAUUUCCACCCCAAACAAGUACGAGUAUCAGUAUGUGAAAAAGCCAGCCAAGAUGAACCAGUUCCAGGUGGCGGUGAAGACCCACAACGAUGCCCAUUUUGCCCUAUCUGCAAGCCCCCAUGACAGUGCGGAGAUGCUGGAGAUUGUUCUCGGGGGUAGGCAGAACACUCGCUCAUGGAUCUCCGUGGGCAAGAUGGGUGAUCCUCUGGUCAGUGCCGCCACACCAGGCAUCCUCUCCUGGGACGAGUUUCGCAGCUUUUGGAUUAGUUGGAAGGGAGGUGUGGUACAGGUGGGCCACGGUGUACAUCCAUCCAAUGAAUCAAUCAUCCUCCAGUGGGCAGGCCAGUUCCCUGGACAGGUGCGUCACAUUGGCUUCUCAACAGGCUGGGGCUCAGUGGGGGAGUUUAAAAUUUGGAGAAAAGAGGACUCUGAUGAGAACCACAAUGAGGCAUUCACUCUGGGGGUCCCACACAACAUGGUGCCUGGAUCUGAGAGGGCCACCGUAUUUAUGAUUGGGGAUGUUAUGGGUCCGACUCUCAAUAACCUGGACAAGCUGUUGCGGCUCCCCUUCGGAUGUGGGGAGCAGAACAUGAUCCACUUUGCCCCCAACGUCUUCGUCCUGAAGUACCUUCAGAAGACGAGGCAGCUCAGCUCUGAGGUGGAGAAUGAAGCCACUGACUACCUGCUGCAAGGCUACCAAAGACAGCUGACCUACAAAAGACAGGAUGGAUCCUACAGUGCCUUCGGAGAGAGGGAUUCCUCUGGCAGUAUGUGGUUGACAGCGUUUGUGCUGAAGUCCUUUGCCCAAUCUCGGGGUUUCAUCUUCAUUGACCCUGAGGAGCUUCGUGCUGCCAAAUCCUGGCUCAUCAAACAUCAGCGAGAUGAUGGCUCCUUCCCCGCCAUGGGACGCAUCCUAAACAAAGAUCUGCAGGGAGGUAUCCAUGGGAAGAUCUCACUUACAGCUUAUGUGGUAGCAGCUCUCCUGGAGACAGGGAUAACUACAGAGGAGGAGAAGGUUGCAGUGGCCAAAGCCAAGGAUUUCUUGGAGAGCAACACCUACUCUGCUGAUGACCCUUACACCACGGCCCUGUCUGCAUACGCCUUGGCUCUGCUACGAAGCCCUUACGCUCCGCUAGCUCUGCGUCGCCUCAACCACAUGGCCAUAACACAAGACGGACUCACCCACUGGAGUCUGACUGGCAGCACUAUGACAGAUGAGGACACUUUUAUGGGCUUCAGCGAUGGCCUAUCUCAGUCAGUGGUGUCAGCAGAGGUAGAGAUGACUGCCUACGGUCUUCUCACCUACACCCUCCUUGGAGAUGUGGCCUCUGCCCUGCCUGUGGUCAAAUGGCUCUCCCAACAGAGGAAUGCCUUGGGUGGCUUUUCAUCCACACAGGACACCUGUGUAGCUCUCCAGGCUCUGUCAGAGUAUGCCAUCCUGUCCUACGUUGGGGGGGUCAACCUCACCAUCUCACUGGCCUCAACAAACCUUGACUUCCAGGAGACGAUUGAGCUCAACAGAGACAACAAGAAACUCCUUCAGAGUGCCAAGAUCCCCAGUAUCCCCACAGGCCUUUUUGUCAGCGCUAAAGGAGAAGGCUGCUGUCUUAUGCAGAUCGACGUGUCUUACAAUCUACCUGACCCAGUAUCCAAGCCAGCCUUCCAGCUCAAAGUGGACCUGAAAGAGCCCUUUCAGGAGCGACACCAGCAGCCUCCAUCUUCAUCAAAUCCCCGUCAUCCUCCUCCCUCACGUUCCCGGAGCCGCGCUGACAACCGCUCUGAGCUGAACCGGAAGCGGCGGGCACCGAUUGAUGACGACGAUCCAGCGGCAUACCAGGACAAAAUGGACUUCCACAUCUCUUUGGAAGUCUGUGCAAGGUGGCUCCAUUCAGGCUCGUCCAACAUGGCUGUCAUCGAAGUUCCGAUGAUUUCUGGUUUCCGAGCAGAUGUUGAAAGUCUGGAGAGGCUGCUGAUGGACAAGCGAGUGGGUCUGAAAAGAUAUGAGCUGAACGGAAGAAAAGUGUUGUUCUACUUUGACGAGAUCCCUAGCCAAUGUAUGACGUGUGUGGACUUCCAAGCUGUCAGAGAAUACAUUGUGGGCAAGACAGCGCCUGUUCCGGUCAAGAUCUAUGACUACUACGAACCAGCCUUUGAGGCCACCCGGUUCUACAACGUUAGCGAGAGCAGUCCGCUGGCACGGGAGCUCUGUGAUGGACCCACUUGCAACGAGGUGGAAAGUUCAACCAAUCAGUGGAUAGGAUUUGUGCAGACAAACCAGUGUAACAAUGUGUUUGGCUGUCUGGAGGAGGAACAGUUUGAGCGCUGCACAUGCUACAGGGACUGUGGUUAUGACGGAGAACCAGUUUGUGGGUCGGACGGGCAGCUCUACCAGAACCAGUGUCAGAUGGAGGUUUUCGCCUGUCGGAAUGGGACACGCAUCAAGCAGGUUCCUCUGUCCCAAUGUCCACAGGUGGAGACCACGGUGGAGGACAGGCAACCAAUAACACGACAGGAAACUGAGCAGCCCUCUGUGCCUGUUCACACAGGUGAAGAGGAGCAGGGCUCCAUGGCAGAAGUGUCCUACUACUCCUACGAAUAUGACCCGGACUCUGAGCCUUUCCUUGCUGACGCAGAUGGAGGGGACCAUUUUGACCUUCUUAAAGGGGAUGUAGAGCAGAAGGUUCUCCUGCCAGCAGAUACCCAGAUAACCACACUGGACACAAAGAACACCCCUGAGCGAUGAAACGCCUAAAGACUGAAGCCAUACCCACCUCCAAAUUGUACAUUAUUUGUGAAUAUGCUAGUGAAUGGAAAGAGAAGAGAGUCCUGUGACUUGUCCUGCCUGAAAGGAAGAGAUGGUGGAGUCUGGAGAGUGAGAGAGUGACUGUGUAUGAGUGUGUGUGGAUGCAUUUCUAUGUAUGUGUGUGUGGUUGGUUGUGACUGUGUAUGACUGCUGUAAAGCAAGGUUCCUCCAGACUUUGUUUCCUUCCUCCAGACUCCUGGUCACCAAUAGUCACCAUAGCGUCUUUGUUAUUCACUGUACUGCCUUUAUAAUCACUAGAAGAAAUAAUCAAGUAUUUAUGUUUGUAAUUACACCUGACUUUAAGCAAAAUAUUUUGUUAUAUUUUCUAUCUGUGGUAUUUAUUUGUAGCUAGAGGUCAUAUCAUUUUAUUUUUUUGCCCACUCUUACAGUCUGCUCUUUUUCCUUGUGAUUCUUUGAAUUCAAACAAAAGAAAUGUGCUGUCAAAGGCAUUUUUCUUUCUGUCAUAGCAAGCUUUAACCCAAUCAUUGAUAAAAUUCCUGUGCUGGUAUCCUGCUGUAAAAGACAUAUGUUAGCCGUAUGCUUUACAGAAACAUAAACUCAGAUGUUCUUCAUUUUUAAGGUAUUUUUGACGCUUUUUGACUGUAACAGACAGAACAGCAGAGACUGACAGGAAACAUGAGGAAAGAAGAGGACUGACAUGUAACGAAGGCCUCUGGCCGACUCAAACCACCAAUCUUACAGCUACAAGAUAAGUGUGUAUGGACCCCUGGUUCACAAGGACACACCAAUCCAACCAAGACACCAACAACAUCUACUCUCAAGUCACCUUUCACCUUACCUACCUUGAGAUAUGAUUGUACAGUUCAUAAGCUAUUGUGUUUUUGUUUAAAAUUUUGAUUCGUGAAGCAAUCAACUGAAAAAUCAUGAAGUUUUGAAUUAAUGUAAAUGGACCAAAUUUGAUCAAAUGUAGUCCCUAUUCAUUUCAAAUAUUGUGCUUUUUAAAACAAACAAGAAUAAAAUUUGUAUACAAUACAA